GCCAUAUUCGACGGAAAGAUGUGGCAACACUGUAACUUUUGACAGAGAUGUUAGAUCGAGUAACGACGUAGCGCGUUUGAAGCGUCAGUCGAAGGAAAUUUGUGCCAUGGAACAGUACACGCCACGCGAACGCUCUCAGAUUGUUGAAAUUUACAUUCAACAAAACAAGUCAAUUGUUAAAACUCAACGUGCAUGGAGAAAAAUAAAUAAAGUGAAAAGUGCGCCUUCCGCGAACACAUUGUAUCGUUUGUAUGAAAGAUUUUCAACUGAUUUAACGGCUCCAGACUUCUUUCUGUGGGGCUAUUUGAAAUCAAAGGUUUAUGUCAACAAGCCAAGGACCCUAGACGAACUUAAGACCAACAUCCGACAGGAAAUAGCCGCCAUAUCGGCCGAAACAUUGUUCAAAACGAUGGAAAACGCUGCAAAACGGGCACUACUCGCCAUGCAGGCUCAAGGCGAUCAUUUAAGAGAUAUCAUAUUCAACAAAUAAUGUACACAAAUCUCCUUGAACC